AUGUCUUUCAAUACAGCAGCGCCUCCGGAGAGCAUGGAGUAUCGUCAAUAUGACUCAACAGCAAACAACAACGCCACAGUGGACGAGAACGAAAAGCCAGUCUUCUUCUUCGAUAUCGACAACUGUCUCUACUCAAAGAGCCUUGAGAUUCAUAGAAUGAUGGCUGAGCUCAUUGACCAAUUCUUCCAAAACCACUUGAGCUUGUCGCAAGAAGAUGCCAACGAACUCCACUACCGGUAUUACCGCGAAUAUGGUCUUGCCAUCGAAGGACUCGUUCGUCACCACAAGGUCAAUGCGCUAGAGUACAACAGCAAGGUUGACGAUGCGUUACCUCUGGAGGAUGUCAUCAAGCCCAAUCCAGAACUGCGCAAGUUAAUCGAGGACAUCGACACGAGCAAGGUCCGGUUAUGGCUCUUCACCAAUGCCUAUAUCAACCAUGGCAAGCGUGUCGUCAAGCUUCUGCAGGUUGACGAUCUUUUCGAGGGCAUAACCUUCUGCGACUACGGCUCGGACAAGUUCUACUGCAAACCGCAUGUGGAGAUGUUUGACAAGGCGAUGGCGGAGGCCGGUAUCAAGUCGAACGAGAAGUGCUACUUCGUGGACGAUUCUUAUAUUAAUUGCAAAGCAGCCGAGGGACGUGGGUGGAAGACGGCGCAUCUGCUUGACGAGAACGACCCUGCACCCGCUCAGCCAGCAAGCAAGUACCAAAUCAGGAGCUUGCAGGAGCUACGCAAAAUCUUUCCAGAGGUCUUCAAGAGUUCAUGA